CCUGGUGAACAUAAAGAAAGAAACACAGAAAACCAAUAUGCCAUGCUUAUCAAGAGAACAAAGCCUUUGUGCAAUUGGUGUUUGCCGAAGAAUGGAUGACGAUGAUUUUGGCGGGUUCGAGGCUGCUGAGACGUUUGAAUUUGGGGAUACAAACGCACAACAUCCAGUUUCGCCAGCAAUACCAUGGGCAGCUUUCUCUUCAGUUCCGGGGAUGAAACUCUCCCAGAGUGCCCCUCCAGACCUCCCACUGGACCAGACAGCUUCCAGCUCUGUGACCCUUCUCUCAGGGCCCCUCCAGCAGUCUGACACCCCUCGCCCUGUCCCAGUCAUCAGUGCUCAGGAGGAGCAGCAGGCUUUCCCCGUUCCUUGUGAGGACUCACUAUCUGCUGCAGAAUCAACUGUUACUUCUCAGAAGGGUAGUGUGUCAUCACUGUCAUGGGAAACUCAGAAGCAGCUCCAGCAAACACUGUCCAGUCUGCAGGCUAAACUUUCUGCCACUGAAGAAGAAAAAUCCCAGAUCAAAAAGGAUCUCGAGGAGAUGAUGGAAAAGCAUGCCAAAUUAGAAGAAGAGUUUCUGAAAGACAAGGAGACAGAAGCAGAGGCUCACAAAAGCCGCUAUGCAGACCUCCAAGAAAAGCACAACAAAGGACUUGAAGAAAUGAGGAAGGCCGGACAUGAAGCUUUGACUAUAAUUGUUGAGGAAUUUAAGGCUUUAACAAAGUCAGCGGUUCUUCAACAACAAGAAAUCAGUGAAAAGUGCCUGGAAGUGGCAGUAGAGAAGCAAAGCCACAAAUGUGAGGAGCUGCUGAAUGCCCAGCAUCAAAGGCUGUUGAACCUGAUAGAUGCUGAGAGAGAGGCUUUAGAAGAAGAAUUAAAAGAAACUUUGAGUCAACAAGCGCAACAUCAGAAGCAAGUGUUAGAGAAAUGUUUAGAAGAGGAGAAACAGAAGGCACAAGAGGCAAUAGAAGCAGCAAUUCAGGCGGAGAAGGAGCGCGUGAAAGAGGCCGUGCUGGAUGCAGUGCAGCAGGAGCACCGGAGGGCGGCCGAGGAGCUCGCAGCGGAGAGGGCCGUCUGGGAGGAGCAGCGCGCCAGGGACAGGGAGAUGCUGGCCCAAGCCAUACAGGAGGCUCUGAGAGAGGAGAGGAAACAGAGCAAGGAAGCUCUGAAAGCAGCCAUAGAUGAAGAGCGUCAGGCUGGUGAGAAUAGACUUGCAGAAGGUGUUGCCAAAGCACGAGAGGAGCUCAUGAUAUAUGUGAGAGAGCAGAAGAGGCUUGAUCAGCUAGCCAGACAAAGAAACCUGGCCAGCCUGGAGCUGUUCCUGACCUGUGCACAAAAGCAGCUUUCUGGCCUUAUGGAGGAUAAGCCUGUGGAGGCAGAGGAGAGCCAAACAUCCCUGGCCAGCACCCUGAAACAAUGAACACUUUCACCAUGAUUGUCAGAUGGGGCCUGUGUGAGGACAUUCCAGAUUUGUUUUUCUUUGUUGCCUUUCAUAUCGAAUCCUACUUCACUCAUUAAGUUGGCCUCAAUUGCACGCUCUCAUCACGACACAAAUUGAACAUAAUUUCUUAAACUUGCUUAUCACCUCUGCAUUACAAUCUGCAAAAUGGAACCUGCAUUCAGUGCAGAAAAAAAUACCCCACUACCGCCACAUGGCAGAAACAUGUUGGUUUAUUUCUGCUCUCGUCGACUCUUUUGUUUGUUUGGUUGCUUUGAGUUCCUGCAGCUUUCAAAUCUGCCGUGCGAUGUUAAAUUUGGUUAAGGUUUGAUCGGGGUUGUGUGUUUUAAUUCAAAAUAUUUUCCUUAAAAAGCACUUCAUGUACCUUUUGGUUCUUCAUGGCACAAGGACAGACUUGAUUUUACUCUGCAUUGAUAAAGAAAAUCAAAACCUUCUUGCACAAUGGAUGCUAAUAACAAAGGGCUGUACAGUUAAGUGUUUUUUUAUGCCAUAGAAUGGAAUGGUCUGAAAUGUCCAGUGUAUAAACAAAUAGUAAUAGUUGCCUUUGCUUUUUAACAGGAAUGGGAAACGUUACUGUACUGUUUUAAAAAUAAAAAUGAAAAAACAUAGAAAAUGCUGGAAAAUUAAAGAUGCAAUAUAGUCAGUAUUGCAAUAGUGUGCUUAUGUUGGGGUUAUUUGUUUUUCAAGGAGAUUUGAUUUGAUUUGAUUUGAUUCCAGAGUGAUUUCUGAUUAUAUAUACUGAUCUACAAAAGAAAACAUACAACUCCUAAUGCAUUUUAUCAAAUAUUGUAAACACAGAAAUCAAGCAUAAUCAUGCUUGUCAACAAAACUGAGGAUAAAAGAAUAAAAUAUGUUUUCCAGUGA